AGUGUUUUCUACUGCAAAAAAAAAAAAAAACUUGUAAAGCUAGUUGGUUUUGGAAAAUCAUCUCCCAAAAAAAAAAAAAAACAAUGUCUCUAGUUGGUAAGGUGGAGGCUGAUGUUGAAAUUAAGGCUCCCGCUGAAAAAUUUCACGAGCUCUUCAGUUGCAGGCCACACCACAUAUCCAAUGUGUCCCCUGGAAAAGUACAGGGCUGUGCUUUACAUGAAGGUGAUUGGGGCAAAGAGGGCUCUGUCAUCUUCUGGGAUUACGUCCAUGAUGGGAAAGCUAAAGUUGCUAAGGAGAUAAUCGAAGCAAUAGAUGAAAAAAACAACUCGAUCACUUUCAAAGUUAUUGAAGGAGAUAUGCUUCAGGAGUACAAGAGUCUCAAAGCCAUUGUUAAAGCUACUCCAAAGGGUGAGGGCAGCUUGGUGCAUUGGACUAUGGAAUAUGAAAAGCUGAACGAGAGUAUUCCAGAACCAAAUUCGCUGCUUCAGUUUGUACUUGAUCUGAGCAAAGACCUUGAUUCGCACCUUACCCAGGCAUAGACAAAAAAAAAAAGGCUAUUUUGUAUCAUAUUAUUGUGUAUGGCAAUAAGAGAAUGAGUCUUAGUAUGACUCUUCUCUCCUAUAAUAUUAUGAAUUAUGAAUGUAAUUUUAAUCUUGUGUGGCCUUACUGAAGCCAUUUGAUGCAGUAAUAAUUGUGAGGCUUUGUAUUA